AAUGUUUAUGAUGUCCUUUCAACCAUGAUCACUAACUUAGUAUUAACAUUUCUUCUAUUUGUCGGAAAAACUGCAUUCAGUGAUGUCCAACGAAGGAAGGGGGUGUAUUUUGAGUACAUUCCGCCCAAGUCGGUACCAGGAGAUGAGAAGCGAGGGGUACCUGCGUUGAGGAUGGGAAGUGAGGAAAGCAAUGAAGAUGAUAGUAAUAUAAAGACUAUGCUGGAAGAGAACUAUAGGUUUAAAAGCAAUCCAGAAGCUACAAGAUUCACAAUUGCUGCGCAAAAUAAAGAGGAAGAGACCCCAACCAACAACGAUGGUGGCAUGUCGUGGGUGUUCCGCACGUUUGCCGUGCGGCGCAUCGUCGGCGGCAUGGAGACGAGCAUUAGCAUGUACCCGUACAACGUGGCCAUAUCACGUAACGGCCGUCAUUGGUGUGGCGGGUCUAUCAUCGACGAGCAGUGGGUGCUCACGGCCGGACACUGCUUUGAGUCCAUCAGCAUGGACCCGUACAACGUGGCCAUAUCACGUAGCAGUGGGUGCUCACGGCCGGACACUGCUUUGAGUCGUAAGUGUAUCUGUCUCGCUCCAACUAUAUGCGACAUGGGAACCAGCAUCAGCAUGUACCCGUACAACGUGGCUAUAUCCCGUAACGGCCGUCAUUGGUGUGGCGGGUCUAUCAUCGACGAGCAGUGGGUGCUCACGGCCGGACACUGCUUUGAGUCAGCACACGACAAUGAGAAGAUGAAACUGUCCACGUUCAUAGUACGCGCAGGGAGCUCCUUUCAUAAUAGAGGAGGAUACCAGGCUAGAGUCAACAAAGCGUUCUUCCCCUCUAAAUACGUUCCCGGUAACGCUGACUACGACUUCUCUCUGGUCCGCCUGGACCGGCCCAUGCCCAUCGGUCGUAAUAUUGCCGUUCUGAACCUGCCCUCCAAGGAAUACCUGAUUAAACCAGGAGACAUUCUCAUUGUCACUGGCUGGGGCAGUACUCAUGAGACGGGGUCUGGACACAUACCGGACCGCCUCCGCUUCGUCCCCGUGCCGGCGAUGAGGCUUUCCCAGUGCCAGUCCGCGUACCGCUUCUACAUAACUCCUCGAAUGAUGUGCGCCGGGUACGCCACUGGUGGAAAAGAUGCUUGUAACCACGAUUCUGGUGGUCCCGCCGUUCGUGACGGCGUCCUCCUCGGGAUCGUGUCGUUCGGCGGCAAGCAGUGCGGGGACCCCCACUCCCCGGGCGUCUACAGCAGAGUGUCGGAGUUGACGUCGUGGGUGGAGAAUACCAUCGCAGACAACGAGUGCGCCAAUGUGCCGGAGCUGCAGGAGAAAAUUAAGAGAGCUAAGGAGAGAGAGCAGGACUUACAAAGAUUUAAAGCCCGCGUAGAAGACAAGAAGAACCGAAUCAAGAAUUGGUUACGGGAAACCUUAAAAUCACCGAGUUUCAUAGAACUAGCCAAAAGGAAGCUGAGCGAGGCACAAGCAAUGCGCAGAAGCUUUACAGAAUCACUCUUUGAGUCCCAAAAUGAAACAGAAUUAGAUGAUUCUGCGAUGGACGAUAUCAAUCUAUCAAAUCUAAUACACGACAGGAUCUUACAAAGUAAUGAUGGGAAUGAAGAUGAUAAUAUGCUGAGUACCUUGGCGCUUAGGGAUAUAAUGUUGAAUGAGGGUAAAGGGAAAACGGCUAAGGAUGGAUUUGAGGAGUUGAUGGCGUUCGUUUCGAGAGAUGAUCCAAGCCCACCUGCACAAGAAAAAGAAAAUGUUACACAGGAAAAUGUUACACAAGAGAAUGUUACACAAGAGAAUGUUACACAAGAGAAUGUUACACAAGAAAAUUUUACACAAGCAAAUGUUACACAAUCUUAA